AUUUGUGUCGUCACGAUAAAAAACCUAAUACUCACACUAGCAUUAACCUUUCAACUGCUGAGAAUAGCCACACCAACACAUUCGCACGUGGAUUGGACUAUUGAAGAUUUCAGGAAUUCAGAAAUCACACAGAGUGGAAACUGGGUUAGUGGCAUCAAACGAAAACAACAUUAGUUGCAAACUAAUCGAUUAAAUAUUACUCGAUUAAUCGAUCGAUAUUACGACAUCCCUAUUCUCAAUGUUUACGUUUUGCGAAGAAGCGGAAGAAAUCCAUUGCCAAUUGCAGUGUAAAUAGUAACCAAAGUAGUAUAAAUCCACCCUUUGUUUUAACAUUGAAAAGUAAUUAACUUUAAAUAAUGGAUUUUCGUAAAGCAACUCUAGAGAAAUUAGAUGGGUUUAUUACCAGAAAUGAAGCAUUGGUUAAUAAAUUGUUAGACAAUUAUGGAUUGAAUAUGAAUGAUUUAAUGAAACCACAAAAUAGAAAUGUUUCUAGCUCUAUUACUAAUGAAGGCAACGAAUCGUUUUCUGCAACUUUCCAUUCUCCUGGAUAUAAAUAUUCCAUCAAAUAUGAUGAAUGCGAAUUAGCUAGAAUACUGAGGAACGUUAGUAGUAACAAGGACAGAGUACUUCAAGAAUCCCGGCCAGUACCAUCAAGUCACAAAGAAUUGCUGACAAACUUCACUACAGACGAAAGACUUGCCAUUUACCAAGAGGCAAUUCAAAGUACCCCAAAAAUAGACCCAUUGCCUGAAAUCGAGAUCAACUUUAGGAAAAAAGAUAAAGAUGAAAAAAUGACAUCGUUAACUGAUAUCGCAGCCUAUCGGCGAGAUGUUCGUCGCAGAAAUCAAAAAUAUAGAGUCGCCAAAAAUCCUUUAACAUAUCAAGAAGAAGUCAGAAAUCUUAUCCAGUUACAGACUGAAGCACUGGUAGAGUACCUUGGUCAAUCGACCGUAGACAAUGUAGGUGCGAGCCAAUGCAGUGAUAUUAGAGCAGGAGAAACAAGCAGUCAACGGCAACAAUGCAAGAGAAGACGAUCUAGGAGCAAAUCACCCAAUAACAGAGGAAAGCUAAGUUUUACUCGGGGAUCAUUUGAAGCAAAAAGCAAGCGGCGUUAGCAGACUUAGUUUGAUGUAAAUACAUAAUUUGUUGAAAAGGAAAGAUUGUAUGAAUAUUU